UUGACUGCAUGACCCCCCCUGAACACAUGUUCACUCUCUCACAUAUGUGGCCAUGCGAAACCACGCCUCUUCAGUUACUCAAGUAUCAACAUGGCGACGUGCAGAAAGAUGGGACGAAGCGGAAGAAAUAUGUGUGCUCUUUCCCUGGUUAUUUCCCUCCAACUGUUAGCCAGCGGCUGCCUGUCAGCUCCAGUAAAUAACGAUACUGAAGCCAGAAGCCAAAAGAAACUGAGUGAAAACGCAUCUCAGAAUCUUAAUUUGACAAUUGUGAACGAGAAGCCAGGUGGUGCAGAUCCUCCGCCUUCUCAACAGGUUUUAACGACUUUAACCGAUUCCAAGGAUCCUGCAACACCUGCUGGGAAUAUCUCUGCAUUAGCAGAGGGAGAUGCUCCUGAAGAGAACCACACAAUAGCCAUUACACCAAAAAUGUCUAACAUGCAUAAGAAAACAAAUCCAGUCACCAUCAUUGGUAGCUCUGAUAAUACACAGCUGGAAAGAAAUGUUAGCAAUGAGAACAGAACAUAUGUGGCUGGAGAGAAACCAGACAAAACGGAUACAACAGGUGGACCCGCUAAUUCUGAAACCACCCCAGCUUCUAGUCCAGAAGUUCCCAGCACCUCUGCCCUAGACCCUGAACCUGUCACGGAAGAGGUAGAAACACCAGCCGUCAACUCCAAACCCGCCAACACCCUGAACCCGUUCACACUGCAGGCCACUGAUGCAGACCUGCUGCAGCGCACUGACAAAUCACCAGCACCUCAGAAGGAUAAGGAGGAUUACCUAGAUGAAGGCAACGAAGACGACGAUGACACUCUCUACAGGGACAGCGAAGAAAAUGAAAAUGAUGUCAAAGACCAGAGUGUGACCAGGCUGCAGCCAGACGGGAUGGAGGUGACCCGGUACAAGGGAGCAGACAGCUACAACACAGAGGAUGAGGACUCCCACUUCUUCUUUCAUCUGGUCAUUCUGGCUUUCCUGGUGGCAAUCGUUUACAUCACCUAUCACAACAAGAGGAAGAUCUUCCUCCUGGCCCAGAGUCGGCGCUGGAAGGACGGUCUGUGUUCCCGCAACACCGGGGAGUAUCACCGCCUGGACCAAAACGUCAACGAGGCCAUGCCCUCCCUCAAGAUGACCCGCGACUACAUUUUCUGAUCCACGUUCAGAAGAACAAUAUGUCCAGUCCUGCACAGAGCCAGUUGGCCUUCCUGGCUGGUCAGUCACAUUGUUUAGAUGCUGUGCUUUGUCAUGGAGCCUGAUUAAUGCUUUCUCUUGCUUUACAGGCCAACUGGAGAACUGUCUUUGGGAUUGAAUUUUGUUUAUUCAGGACUUUUCUGUUGUCUGCAUAGAGAGAUUUGUUAUGUUAUUCUUAUUUGUUGUAUUAGUUUAAUGUUAUUUGUCUUGUUUUCCCACAAUUAAUGACUUAAUAGGAUUUAAUAUUUUGAUUUAUUAGAAUUUUACAUUUGUCUUUUUCGGGAGUGUUUUAGCCUUAUGGUCCCUCCACACCAGUUUCCCCUCUUGCAUACUGUCUUAAUGUUAAAUACUCACUUUAAGGAUAGGAAGAAUUUAGGUAAUUGUAUAAUGAUUAAUUAUAACAGUUGAUUAUUUACCCCAAGAUUAUUAAUAGAUUUCUCUCAACAGUUAGCCAAUAUGUAAAUUGACACACAAAGCAUUUGCUGUGCUUGUUGUGUCACGCAUACUUUUGCAUUGUAAAGGUGUAUGUAUGCAAACAAAGCCUCAAUCUAGGAGAAGCUGUUAUUUAAAUGCAGUCAUUCAAAAAAGAAACUGGCCACCGCUCAUGUUGAAAUGCUGUACACUAUUUAAAAAAAAAAAAGACACAUUAAGAAAAUUGAUCACAAUUUACAAAGUCAUAAUAUUCCUUAGUAUUUGAUAAAAAUGAAUUUGAUGUAAUUUUUGUUAUCUAACAAAGAUAUCACAUUUCAUUGAAAUUUAAAACCAA